AUGUUAGAGUCUGAGAAACUAGAAUGGUUACGUAAAAAUCAACCAAAACUUCGAGUUUCCAAGUACAACUCUUUGAACGAGGAGGGAGACCAAAGUCAGGCCCAAGGGAACAGCAUAGGCAAACGAGUGGUAUUGCCUUCUUCCUUUGUUGGAGGACGUAGGUUUAUGGAUCAAUUGUACUAUGAUGGAAUGGCUAUAUGCAGUAAAGUUGGAUUUCCUGAUUUGUUUAUAACCUUUACUUGUAAUCCAAAUUGGCCAGAGAUUCAAAGAGUACUUAGACCUCUUCAUUUGAAACCUCAAGAUCGACCGGAUAUCAUCUCAAGAGUCUUCAAAAUCAAAUUUGAUCAAUUGCUUACAGAUUUAACCAAAAAAGGUGUUCUUGGCAAAGUACUUGCCUAUAUGUACACCAUUGAGUUUCAAAAGAGAGGAUUGCCUCAUGCCCAUAUAUUGAUCUUCUUGCAUCCUUCAAACAAAUAUCCAGGUCCAGAAGACAUUGACAAGAUCAUUAGUGUUGAAGUGCCCGAUCCCGAAACACACCCUCGGUUGUACAGUUUGGUCAAAGCUCACAUGGUUCAUGGUCCUUGUGGUUUGAAAUUUCAACCUACGACGAUCGUGGACCAAGAAGGGUAUCCUGUUUAUAGGAGAAGAGACAACAAACACACCAUUGAAAAAAAUGGACUCAUCUUUCAUAGUGGUCAUGUUGUUCCUCACAAUCCAAGUUUGUUGUUGAAGUACGAAGCCCACAUUAACAUGGAAUGGUGCAACCAAAGUACUUCUAUCAAAUACCUCUUCAAGUAUAUAAACAAAGGUUCUGAUAGAAUUUCUGCAAUCAUACAAGCAUGCUGGAGGAUAUUUUCCUAUUCUAUACAUGGCAGAAAGCCAGCCGUAGAAAGAUUGUUUUUCCACAUGGAAGGUGAAAACUCUGUGUACUACAAAGACUAUGAGCAGGUUGGUGAUGUGUUGCUUAAACCAAGUGUAACAGAGUCUAUGUUUACAGCAUGGUUCGAAGCAAACAAGACUUAUGAAGAAGCAAGAUUACUAACUUAUGGGGACUUUGUUUCUAAAUUUGUUUAUCAUAAACGAAGUCGCUCUUGGAAACCAAGGAAACGAGGGUAUACCAUUGGUCGACUCAUUUGGGUUCCUCAAAGCACUGGGGAGUUGUUUUAUUUAAGGAUGAUGCUCAAUUGCAAAAAAGGCCCUUUAUCCUAUCAAGACAUCAAGACGGUUGACGGUAAGAAACUAAAAACAUUUCGAGAUGCAUGCUUUGCAAUGGGGUUUUUACAAGAUGAUCGCGAAUUUGUCGAGGCCAUCAAAGAGGCACAUCAGUGGGGUUCAGGUCAUUUUUUACGCAAGUUAUUUGUUACCAUGUUACUAUCUUCAUCGAUGAAUAGACCGGAACAUGUUUGGAGAAAGACUUGGAUGUAUUUAUCAGAUGGCAUUCUUUAUGAUCAACGAGUAUUCGCAAGAGAUCAAGACUCUUAUAAGUAG